GGUUGAAGCCUCUCUCUGCUACAACUGCCCUCUUAUCUCCGAUCAGCUUGGCAACCCUAAUCAACAUAUACAAGAACAAUUAUUUCUUCUUCGGCAUUCCAUUUGGAAAGAAUCAUCUUUCAGGAAAACAGAGUCAAACCUCACCCCAUCGCUCUCUGUCGCUCUCAAUCUCGAGGAUGGCCGACCGUCGCACUGCCGGCCAUGUUCCGCCGCCGAGGCCAGCCACCACCACCGUCACCCUCCACCGCGCCCCUCCGCAAACCUCUACGAGGUUACUCGGCCUCCUCGCCCUUGCCAUCUCCGGUGGGGCCCUUCUGCUCCUCACCGGCCUCACCGCCGCCGCAACCCUGAUGGGCCUCAUCUUCUUCGCCCCGCUGAUUCUGCUCUCGAGCCCGAUAUGGGUCCCGAUCGCCGCCGUGCUACUCGUCGCGGUCUUUGGGCUGCUGUCCUUGUGCGGGUUCGGAAUAGCGGGCCUGGCUGCCCUGUCCUGGCUCUACAGGUACUUCAGGGGGUCUCACCCGCCUGGCUCGGACCAGGCCGACUAUGCCCGGAGGAGGAUCUACGAUACCGCCCGGAAUAUGAAGGAUUAUGCUCAAGAUUAUGGCGGUUAUCUGCGUAGUAAGAUGAAAGAUGUAGCUCCCGGUGCUUGAAUGAACAAAGUCUUUUUCACUGUUGGACCAGACAGUUGAUGCCUCCUAAUGAAUCUACUGCAGUUUUGUGCUGUCGUGGUUUGGUUAAUUAGUCAGCAGCAUUUUCUUUUCCAUCAGACCCCAUAGGGUGUUCCAUUAAUCCUAUCUGCCAUGGCCUGACCACGAGGUGCUUCUGUACGCUCCGCACGUGCCUCAGGGCUCAUGGAUGCGCAAUUUGACAACGGCACCGCUGUGGUUUACUUUACUCGCGCAUUUGUUUUGUUAAAAGGGAAACUUCAGUUGAGAAGUCUGGGGGGAAGUUUAAAACUAAAUAGGCAGAAGCCCUUUUUAUAGGUUUUUCUUCAAGAUAAUUUGAGACUGGUGGGCUAUGUGAUUCUUGGCGACCA